UGAGAAUUCCAGCUGACUUAGUAGAGCCUGCAAUACAAGCAUCUGUUCAAAAUGUUUCAGUUUAUGCUGCUUUUCAGCCGUCAAGGCAAACUUAGACUUCAGAAAUGGUACACGGCCUCUAGUCAGAAAGAGAAGAAAAAGAUUACACGGGAUUUGAUCACGACUGUUCUUGCUCGGAAACCGAAGAUGUGCAGUUUCCUUGAAUACAAGGACCUAAAAGUUGUAUACAAAAGAUAUGCCAGCUUAUAUUUCUGUGUAGCCAUAGAGAAAGAUGACAAUGAACUCCUCACUUUGGAGAUAAUCCACAGAUAUGUUGAGCUUCUGGACAAAUAUUUUGGAAGUGUUUGUGAACUGGACAUCAUUUUCAAUUUUGAGAAGGCCUACUUUAUGUUGGAUGAACUGAUUCUUGGAGGAGAGAUCCAAGAAACAAGCAAGAAAAAUGUCCUGAAAGCAAUUUCAGCCCAAGAUCUUCUUCAGGAGGAAGCAGAACUGCGCAGUGCUUUGGAGGAAAUGGGUCUUGCCUGAGUUCUUUCAUCUGUAAAAUCUCUACCUCUGAUACUUUUGUUCUACAGGAAGGUGAACUCCAGCGCACGCUGGAAGAAAUGGGUCUGGUCUGAACUCUCCUCUCUGCUGCUUGUUCAGCAUCUCGUCUAACUAUCUUCACUUCCACGAAUUCUUUAACUACCAUGAUGGUGUGCCUGGCACAACUCAAGAUGCUAUGUAUCAUGUUUAACCUGGGUUUACUGUGAAAUAAUAUAUAUAUAACUAUAUAUUAGUCAAAUUAAGUACUUAAAUAGAAACUUAAUUUUUUUUCCAAAAGGAUGUAUACCAGUCUCUCUAGUCUAAAUGUACUACACAUUUUUUCUCUAAUUAUAAAAGAAAAGUUAUGAUCAAGAGAUUUUCAGCCAAAUGUAGUUUGAAGUAUUUUUAAUGCCUCAUAUUUCCUCUUUGCUUUUGUAAUGACUACUGGAACAGAUAACAACAUUCUAAAGGUUUUUUUUUUUUAAUCACUCAAGAGUCAUUUCAAAUUUAUACAGUUAAAAACUAAUAUAAAAUGUAAAGUUAGAGGUAUUAUUUAAUUGACAUGAAAUAUAUAGUAGUUUAAAAAAAUUUGUGUUGUACAUGAUAAUAAUUACCAAUUUAUGAAACUCAAUAUUAUCCUCUUAACCCUUUGAUUCUCAAGAUCUGAAUUUCAAUUCUCCUUUCUAGCUGCUACACAUUUCUUUGUAAUUAAGUUACAAGAAUUUUAUGUUAGAUCAAGAUAACAACUUCUACUUGAU